CCUAUUCAGUGCAUGCCGGUUGGAUUUGUGUCGGACUUCUUCUCAUACUGCUCUGACGUCAUGCACAUGGGGUUAACUAUGACCUCACAACAUAGAGCCAGGCCUCGCAACAACUGCCUUACACAGGGCAUGAUGAAGAGUGCCUGAUCGAAGAGCUGACUGGCCCUUAAUAGUAUAAUGUUUGGUGUAGAUGUAAUAUUUAACGCUAGAUUGUGGUCGAUGAUAGUCGAAUGCAAUGAAGGCUUCAUCUGGAGCAAACCGAUGGAGUGGUUGAUAAUAGCGACACAUGUUUUCCUGUCCUCCGGUGCUCUUCUGACCACUAGUGGCGAAAAUCCCGUAUAGCACUGAAUCAUCCAUCGUCUGCAGAGUGCUGCUACGCUGACGUGUGGAUUGUCGUCCAGGUCCAUCUUUACGGAAACGUAUGGAAAUGAGCUGUCAAGCCGCAAACCAGCUGUUGCCUGCCUCCAGAUGAGCCCUUUGUGCAACAUUUCAUCAACCCGUCCGCACACAAUCCAAGGGAUGACAGCGCAAAGGGUUUCCCACCUGGUGCAAGCCUACGUGGCCCUGGUGCUCUGCUUCUCCGAAGUCCUGCACGCCGCCUCGGAGUCGAGCAGAAGUUACUACGACGUUCUCAAUGUGGAGCCGUCGGCCACGGACAGCCACAUAAAGAAGGCCUUCCGCCGACUGGCCAUCAAGUGCCACCCAGAUAAGGACAAGAGCGCUGAUGCGGAGAAGUCUUUCAGGGAGAUUGUUGAAGCCUACACGGUGCUCUCCACCAAGGAGAAGAGGAAGCGGUACGACAGCGUGGGCCACGAGGCUUUCCUCAAAGACGAGGAGGCCUCUGAUGACCCCGAGGAUGAACAUGACACAAGCUUCCCUUUUGGUGUGGAGGACCUAUUCCAUGACUUCGAUGGGAGUCCCUUUGCGGAGGAGACAUUCUUUCGCAGGACUUUUUAUCACAAUGGGGCGGAUAUGGAUGGUCCAUAUGAGCAUUCCAUUAUGGAAGAGUCCGAUUACAGCUUCAUUCUUGGGGAUGAAGAAGAAGAGCAUUAUUUCUACUAAAUGUUCCUCAUCUUUGACCCUCUAUGAUUACUCAUGUUUUGUGUGUAUUUUAAUGUUUUUUUUUAUGAUUAAGUCUCCCUAAUAAAUUGUUAUCAUAUUAUCCGUGUCUCAUAUGUAGAAAUCCAAAUGAUCAGAUCUGUUAUGUGUUUUUAAAGAGCUCCAUUGACUGGCACUUGGCUCUGAUGUCUCUGCCUACUCCUUUUUUCCUAAUUUAAACAGUCACUGAUCUCUACACCACUCAACCCAAUUUCAAAACCAUGUCUUUUUUUUAGCCUUAUGAUUAUUAUAUAGACACCAUUCCAGUUUUUCCGUCUAAUCUCUUUAUAAUGUACGUUGGUGUGUUUGUGGUUGAACACUCUCUCUAAAUAAACCUGACUUGAAUAUGGAC